GGAAGUUGCUGCUGCUGCUGCUGCCUCUGCGCGGAAAGGAAGGAAGGAAGGAAGGAGGGAAGGAAGGAGAGCAAGAAGGAGAGAGAAGGAGCCUCCCCUCGGCCUCUCUCCCGUCCUUCCCUCCUUCCUUCUCCCUGGCGGGCCGGACCCGCCUCGUGCCCUGCCCCGUGACCGGAGCCUCCAGCCCAGGAGGAGGAGGAGGAGAAGCAGAAACAGGAGGUGCCCUCGAUGAAAGAUUCUCCUCCCCGUCUCUCCAAGACCUCAGGAAAAAAAGAAAAGCUUGGAUACUUUUCGACGCGAAACACCAUCUCUAUGUGGCCUCCCUUUUCCCCGCCAAGGAAGACCGGAGCCGUUAAGGAUAAAUCCGGGUGUCUGUUUGUAAAAACGAGCGCUACAAUGACGAGGACUUCUUCGUCGGACUCCGUCGCCGUUUUCCCCCAAUGAAACAAGACUCCCAAAGGUUUUCUCGCGACACUUUCAGAGCUCUAGAUGAUCCGAAUAUACGACUUUUCGUGAGUUCCAUAUAAGACGAAUAAGAAUAUGCUUCUUUUUUCUUGCGUUCCGGAUAAUACGAGUAUACUCCUAUUUUUGCGAAUAUACGUCUUUUUUUGAAAGUUCCAUAUAAAGAGACGAUACCACUCGUUCUCAGACUGUUUUUAUUUUUGUUGAGAUUUUGCUGCUCGGAAGCACUUUAGGAAGGUCCCCCAAAGGUUGCGGAGAUCGCCGACUGCGCAGCCUCUCCGCCGGUUUCCUUCCCUCCCAGGAUCGCAUUUCACCCCAGAAUCAGAACUUGAUCCCUCUAUCGAUUGACGGCCGAGAGUCGCCUUGUGGUAUUUUUUCUCCUUCUCCUUUUCCGACUUGGAAGAUUGUGCCCAAAAAGGGGGAAAUGAAGUUGAGGGACGCUGCAGCGCACGCCUGAUCCGGGCCCGGCGAGGCGAAAGACCGACCCGUUAUCGGAACCCUCGGAAGGACGGCUUCCCCGCUGGGAUCGUGGGUGCAGAGGGAGCGUCCAUGCUGAUGCGGAGCUCCUGCCCUGAGCCAGGAGAGGGAGGCCCUGCCCCGCGGACCCGGAGCCCUCGCCCCUGCUGCCGCCGCCCACCCCUGCGCCGCCGGCCAUGCUGCACCAGGCGGCCUUCCUGCUGCACUGCCUCCCACUGGUGGUGGGGCAGUACGACGUCUGCAAGUCCUGGGUCACCACCGACGAGGGCCCCACCUGGGAGUUCUACGCCUGCCAGCCCCGGGCCGGGCCCCUGAAGGACUACGCCACCGUCCGCGUCCAGCCCCCGGGCAUCACCUGCGGGGACCCCCCGGAGAGGUUCUGCACCCAUGAGAACCCGUACCUGUGCAGCGACGAGUGCGACGCCUCCAACCCGGACCUGGCGCACCCGCCGAAGCUGAUGUUCGACAAGGAGGACGAGGGCCUGGCCACGUACUGGCAGAGCGUGACCUGGAGCCGCUACCCGGAGCCGCUGCUGGCCAACAUCACGCUCUCCUGGAACAAGAGUGUGGAGCUGACCGACGACAUCGUGGUGACCUUCGAGUACGGGCGGCCCACCAUGAUGCUGCUGGAGAAGUCUCUGGACAACGGCCGGACGUGGCACCCGUACCAGUACUACGCCGACGACUGCAACGAGGCCUUCGGGAUGCAGGCCCGCCGGGUCCGGGACCUCUCGGCCUCCUCGGCCAACCGGGUCCUCUGCACCGAGGACUACUCCCGCUGGGCCGGCUCCAAGAAGGAGAAGGACGUCCGCUUCGAGGUGCGCGACCGCUUCGCCAUCUUCGCCGGGCCCGACCUGCGCAACAUGGACAACCUCUACGCCCGGCUGGAGAGCGCCAAGGGCCUCAAGGACUUCUUCACCCUGACGGACCUGCGGCUGCGGCUCCUGCGCCCCGCCCUGGGCGGCACCUACGUCCAGAGGGACAACCUCUACAAGUACUUCUACGCCGUCUCCAACAUCGAAGUCACCGCCAGGUGCAAAUGCAACCUGCACGCCAACCAGUGCACCUUCCGGGAAGGCAGCCUCCAGUGCGAGUGCGAGCACAACACCACGGGCCAGGACUGCGGCCGCUGCAAGAAGAACUUCCGCAGCAAGUCCUGGAGGGCCGGCUCCUACCUCCCGCGCCCCAACGGCUCCCCAAACAUCUGUGCGGCUCCGAACUUCGGCACGUCUCCCAAGGCCUCCAAACUCAUCCGGCUCAAAUCCGGCUCCGUCCCAGUGGCUCCCAUUGAGACCUUCAAAGACUGCGAGUGCUACGGCCACUCCAACCGGUGCAGCUUCAUCGACUUCCUCAACCUGGUGACCUGCAUCAGCUGCAAGCACAACACGCGGGGACAGCACUGCCAGCACUGCCGCCUGGGCUUCUACCGCAACAGCUCCGCCGAGCUGGACGACGAGAACGUCUGCAUCGACUGCAACUGCAACCGCGUGGGCUCCGUGGCCAACCGCUGCAACGAGACCGGCUACUGUGACUGCAGGGACUUUGUCACCGGCCCGAAAUGCGACGAAUGCGCCUCCGGCUACUACUGGCGACAGGGAUGCCUGCCCAACGUCUGUGACGACGAGCUGCUCCUCUGCCAGAACGGGGGCACCUGCUCCGCCAACCAGCGCUGCCUCUGCCCGCCGGGCUUCAAGGGUGUCCUCUGCGAACAGGCCAAGUGCGAGGGGGAGAACCAGGACUGUGACGCCACCGGGCCCCGCCUGGCCCUCAGCCCUUGCGCCGCCCUCCUCGGCGCCCUGGGCCUCCACCUCAGACACGCCAUGGACCUCUGAGGCCGGGCCCACACACCCCGAUGGGGGGAACGAGAGGCCGAACGUGUGGAAGCAAGAGGGUCCUUCCAAGGGCCCCGCUCUCCCUCCUUCCGGGGUCCCCGUCUUCGAGGACGGCCGCCACCGGAGAGCGCUCCAUGGACCGGCGAUGGCUUCCUCCUCUAUCGAUCGAUAAGAGUCUGCCAAAAAAGAAAAGAAAAGCGUGGCGCCAAUCUCCGGCGUCGAGCUGCGCAGCUGUUUUUCUCCGAGUCUCUUUUCCGUUCGUUACUUUCUGAAGCCGCCGCCGCCGUCCCUGCGGAGAUGGCCGGCCGAGGAACUCGGUGGACUCUGUCCGUCCCACCGGCCGAACCCUGGCGUUAUACUGUUGCCUACAAAUCGAGUUGCUGAAUUUUAUUAAGUUUUUGUACGGUCUUUUUUUCCUUCCUCUCCUCGGUUUCUAUUUCUUCGGUUGUCGGGAGUUCUUUUGUUCCUUUCCUCGGGACAGGACGAGGCCGCUUUGUAACGCGCUGCCCAGGCUUUACGGUUUCAAGAUCCCGCCUCCCUUUUUUUAAGUAGAGGAUUAUCUUACUUUGGUGAUAAAUGUCCUCAAAGGAUAACGAAACAAACCACCACCAACGCCGCCACUCACUAGAGAGAAGUUUUGCCGUAAGCAUUAAGAUGUAAUAAUCCCCACGACAGUAAAGCAACCUACUCAUGG